AUGAAAGAUUCAAUUGAUUAUAUAUUAUAUACAAAAGCAUAUGUGUUUAGAACAUUAAUGACAUUUUAUGAUUGUUCAUUAUGUGAUGAUUCAACAAAACUUGAAAUUCUUAAUAUAUUUUAUUCUAGAAGUAAACUUCAGGAUGUAUUAAUGUCACUUUUAUUUGAUUAUGGAUUUCUUUGGUUACAAGUUAUUGCCAAAAAUUGGUUAAGAAAAAUUUAG